AUGGAUAUAUGGUUAAUCGCAGUGACUGCUGCUACGGGUUACAUAGCUAAGCAAUUGCAGAAUGUGACGAAAGGUAAAGAUAACUUUCUCGAAUCUUCCUCAUCUGAAGAUGUGAAGCAAGAAUUUCCUCCUAGAUGCCUGCUUAGCAGAUUGGUGAGAGUCAAGAAGGCGAAUGAAAACAAGUUUGGUGAUGAGCAAAUGAUAUCAGACGUGGAGAAUCCGGAUGCAUAUGGAGUGGAUGCACCAUCAACGAGUGGGGAUCAUUCAGAUUCUUUGUUUGGUUCAAUGCCUGAGUUCCCGGAGAUUGAACAUGGGAAUUGGAACACCAAUGGUGCUCUUACAGGUGACACAGAGUUGAGUUCUUCGUUUAGGCAGAAAAGAUUCGGUAGGAGAAACCAGCGGUACAGACGAUUAACUAAACCUUUGACUUCUAUGGAAAGCUGCUUAAUGUCUCGGUUUCAUGGAGAGCAAAUGACCAUGGAAGAUUACUUGGCUAGCCCAUUCCCGUCGCCACACGCUCCGAUUUCAAGGCCGUUGAUCGUCACCGACGGUGCUCGAGUAAUUAGCAAGAACACAGCAGAUUCUCUGUGGCUGAGCCAACAGUUUGUUCUCAAUGGAGAUAAGGCUGCACAUAAUUUCCGAAUCCCAGGGUUGGAGUCUUUGGUUGAGAGGAAAGUGGGACAUGAGAAGACCAAGAAUAGACAACAUGGACGAAGUGAUGCAACGGUGUUGCUGCAAAUCGGGAUCUCGAUUGGAAUAAUGUCCUCGUUCAUGGCAAGCCAAGCCGAAGUCAGCAAAGUCAAACAAGAACCGAAGCAAACAGAGAAUUUGGUACAUGAUUUAGAAGAUGAGCUCGAGUUGAAAGACUCGUUGAUUGUCAAGGAGCUAGAUAUUGAAGAAACAGCUGAGAACUCGGAAUCUAUAAGUAAUAUUGAAGCGGAGCUUGAAGCUGAACUUGAAAGGCUAGAAAUCAACAUGAACACCUCCAACAUUGAGCCAAGACUCUCUGAUAUGAUUGAGAUGGAGCCGGGUUUCGAGGUGGAAUUUGCACAAGGGGAACUGAUAGCUGAUAGGGUUAGAGGGAAGCGUUCAGAUGAAACCGAGUCCAACCAAGAUCCAAGUGGUAACUCGACACCUGAGUCAGGAAACUAUGCUGUCUCACCUCGUGAAUUGAGCCUGCGGUUGCAUAAAGUUAUCAAUUCGCGUCUUGAGAACCGUAUUACAGAGCUUGAGACUGCACUUCAAGAGAGCCAGAGGAAAGUGGAGCAGCUGGUCAUGGAAUCAGAGAGCAAGAAGAAUUCAUGGUCCAGGUUAUGGGAAACCGGUGAAGUGAUGACAUAUAAGAGUGACUCGAAAAUCCCAGUUGCUGUAGAGCACACCAAAACUAAUCUUGCUGAGAUGCAACCCUUGGUUAUGAACCUAACAGGAGAAGCACUUGAUUCGUUCAAUGACUGUUACGACGAAUUGAUGAAAAUCAACGAUGACUCUGAUGAUGAUUCUCCACUGGAGAUGCAGGAGAGUGGGCUUCACCAGGAAGAUUUCUUUUCAGCAAAUAAAAGCUCACCUUGGAGCCAUCGUAAGGACGGUCUCGAGGUGCAGGAGCAGGAACUGCUAGACUUUAUUGGUUUGGAAGAAGAAGAAGAAGAAGAAGAAAGCAGUGAUUUUGAGAGUGAAAUGGAGAAGCAGCUGAUAAAGCAGAUUGUUGAGAAAACAAAACAAGGAUCUCCUGUUGUGUUGAAUGCUCAGAAAAUGCUAUUUCUCAUGGAAGAAACAGAACAGAGUUAA